ACAUGUCCACUAGGCAACAAUAUCCAGCAUGUGAACACCACCUUCAACGAUAUCUAAUUCACGAUCCAGCACUCUCCCUCCCUUUCCUGCAUUAGUACUGCGUCUUGGAUACAACUAUUCGUUUCCGUACCCGCCUUUUCUCUGAAGAAGAUCUUUCAAGAUAAUCUCAGUAUCUUCAUCUGUGUUCAUUCUUGCAGCCGCGGCUUACUUUUGACGACCUUCGCGGCCUAUAUCGGGAAUCUCGAUAUCUCAACUCAGCAUGACCAGUGUAUCAGCAGACCAGCAACCCAAUAAUCUUUCCCCAUCACUAGCCUUAUCAACUUCAGACCUCUGCGGUCCACCACUCCAAAAACGACGUCUCUACGAAUCUCGCAAUCACCCAGACGGCGAACGAAGAAGAACCCUUCUCAAGUUUCAACCCAGUCUGUGUCAACGAAAAGCCUGGUCUGCCUCACUAGGCAGCAAAGCGGGGGCCUUCCAGCAUCGGCAAACAAAUCGUAUCGAGCUCCAUCAGAGUACAUGUCUUAUCCUCAACGAGAGCUGCACCAACAGCACCGAAUCAGACCUAUGGAUAUUGCCAGAUUUCGAAGAAUGGGAAACGGAAGGGGAUGCCUGCGAUGUCCUCACAGCAUCUCAAAAGGAGUCCAGCAGAUCUGAGCGUACGCCCUUGGAGUUGACCCCGCUCGUCCAAAGGGCAGUCAGGUCUAACCGCGAGCGCCUGAAACGCAAGCUCGAGGGCGAUGGGUGGGAUUUCGUUGGUGGCAAAUACGGAGAAGAUAUCCCCCCGGUUGCACCGUACGGUAACCAGGUCCUCCACGAAGGCGAGCGCCUGGAUGAGGAGUUCGAUGUCGUGGUCCUGCCCCUUCCUCUCAUCUCUGUUUCUUAAUGUCAUAAUUAGCGUGCCACCACCCUCUUCACAACAACUCAUUACAUUGUCUUUUCGAUACGAUGCUAGCGAAGCAACAUGGGCCAAAGCUUUUCAUGGUUGAGAUCUGGUUGGGGGUUCAUUCUCCUUGGACCGCAGAGUAAUUGUCUUUUGUUUGGUGUUUUGAUGAUACCCAGGAACUGACGAGGUUGGAUUUUUCAACCGGGAUUCCACGCCGCUUGUAAGAGAGCGUUUUGAUUUCUGUCGGAAAGGU